GAAAGAUAAUUCAUCCAUGAUCGUUGGUCGUGUUCGUAAUUCCUGUUAUUGGGCGGGGCAGUUCUUUAACUUCACCCUCAAAACCUAAUAAUGAUUUUCGUCCGCAUCAGACAGAUAGAUCAUAGAUCCAUUCCUCUUUCGCCCAUCCAUUCCUCUUUCGCCCAAGGCCCCAAGUUCCCAACCCCUUCCCUAAAAAGAAAAUAAAAAAAGGAAAAAAAGGAAAAAAAAAUGGGGGCGUAAAGGAGAUACCUCCUUUCAAAACAGACGUCGGACCAACAAAUCCGUACUUCCCGCCACUCAGAAGUCACCGUCGCCGGGCUAUCUAACCGGAAAGUUAUCGGUUGAUGAACCGCGGGCGUCUCAGAUCAGGAAAACGAAACCGUUUUCUUAUCUGACUCAGCCCUCCCCAUUUAAAUAUCUGAUCGCACAGAGAGAUACUACUUGACCACACCGGCUACUGGUUAUUCCCUCAAAUCACGGUUUUUCUGAUCACGGUCUAGUUACAUUCGGGUACAGAUCGUGCGCUCGCUGGGUUUCUGAUUUGUGGACUAGAAACUCGUCGACCUCCUCCGAGUUGUCCUAUAUAUGUAGUGGUAAUUUAGGUUUGGAUUUUGGACUUGAAGAAUUUUGCUGGGAAUAAGAGUUGUGCAUGGGCGAUUCGACCUUGAUUCCUAUGUCGUUUCUUCUGAAUAGUACGAUGAAUGAGCUGAUUGUGCAGAAUUGGUGGACUUAUUAGUAGAAACGAUGUGUUUUCUCGAAAUUAAUGAUUGAUUUUUUUCCCGGUUGUAUAGGUUUUGUUGAUCUGCAGCAAGUGACGAUUUCUUUUUGAGCUUAAGGAGUUGAUUCUGGCUCUUUAGUUGGAUUUUGGAAUUUUUGGAGGUUUUGACCAUGAGGUGGGUGAUCAUUUGCUGCUUCUGAGUAUUUGGACGAGGCAGCGAUGUCGAAGGUCAUUUAUGAAGGGUGGAUGGUCCGAUAUGGACGAAGGAAGAUUGGGCGUUCCUACAUCCAUAUGCGGUAUUUCGUUCUCGAAUCUCGUCUUCUCGCUUAUUACAAGAAGAAACCACAAGAUAAUGUGGUUCCAAUCAAGACCCUUCUUAUUGAUGGCAAUUGUAGGGUGGAGGAUCGAGGCCUGAAGACACACCAUGGGCAUAUGGUCUAUGUUUUGUCUGUUUACAACAAGAAGGAGAAGUACCAUCGGAUUACGAUGGCAGCAUUCAACAUCCAGGAAGCACUGAUCUGGAAGGAAAAAAUUGAGUUCAUUAUCGAUCAGCAUCAAGAGUCACUGAAUGUUAAUGGGAAUAAACCUUACUUGUCAUUUGAAUAUAAAUCUGGGGAUAAUGGAAGGACUGCUUCUUCAUCUGAUCAUGAAAGUCAGGGUAGUGCUCAGGAGGAUGAAGAGGAGAAUCAUCGUACUUUAUUGCGGAGAACAACUAUAGGGAAUGCAGGUCCUCCUGAUUCAGUGCUUGAUUGGACUAGAGAGUUUGAUUCAGAAUUGUCAAAUCAAAAUGCCAGUAAUCAGGUUUUCUCCACAAAGCAUUGGCGUCUUGUUCAGUGUCAGAAUGGACUCCGCAUUUUUGAGGAGUUGCUUGAAGUUGAUUACCUUCCAAGGAGCUGCAGUAGAGCGAUGAAGGCUGUAGGGGUGGUAGAUGCUACAUGUGAAGAAAUAUUUGAGCUUGUAAUGAGCAUGGACCUGACACGGUUUGAGUGGGAUUGUAGUUUCCAGUAUGGUAGCUUAGUUGAGGAGGUAGAUGGACACACAGCGGUACUUUAUCACAGACUACAGCUGGACUGGUUUCCCAUGUUUGUCUGGCCUCGUGACCUUUGCUAUGUGCGGUAUUGGCGCCGUAAUGAUGAUGGAAGUUAUGUUGUUCUAUUUCGUUCACGGGAACAUGAGAACUGUGGUCCACAGCCAGGAUUUGUCCGGGCCCAUGUUGAGAGUGGAGGAUUUACUAUUUCCCCUCUAAAAUCUCGAAAUGGGAGACCUCGAACAAAGGUGCAGCACCUUAUGCAAAUUGAUCUGAAAGGGUGGGGAGUAGGUUAUUUUCCAUCUUUUCAGCAGCAUUGUUUACUCCAGAUGCUGAAUAGUGUAGCUGGGCUACGUGAAUGGUUUGCUCAAACAGAUGAAAGACAUCCAAUUCCGAGGAUCCCGGUCAUGGUAAAUAUGACCUCAGAUUCUGUUUCCUCAAAGAAGGUUCAGAAAAGCCAGGUGUCUUCUGUUCCACCUGUCCCAUCAUUGGAUCAUAUAAAUGCUGCUAGCAGGAACUCUGUGAUGAUGGAUGAAGACUCGGAUGAAGAUGAAGAAUAUCAAAUAGCCGGGGAACAAGAGGUUGAAUCAGAUGGGCGAGCGAGUGAAGUUAAACGGAUAGAUGAAGAACCAGCAGAGCAAAUUGAUUUGUCCUUAUUUUCUGGUAAUCUACGAUGGGAUGACCGUGAUAGUAGUCGUGAUUGUUGGAAAAUACCUGGUGCCAACCUUUUUAGUGUCCGCAGCAAGACAUUUUGUUUCAACAAAACAAAGAUUCCUGCAGGGAAGUAUCUGAUGGAACUUGUUGCAGUUGAUUGGUUCAAGGACACAAAAAGGAUGGAUCAUGUUGCAAGGCGUAAGGGCUGUGCAGUGCAGGUUGCCUCAGAAAAGGGAUUUUUCUCACUGGCUAUUAAUCUGCAGGUGCCAGGGUCAACCCAUUACAGUAUGGUGUUUUAUUUUGUAACAAAACAAUUGGUGCCUGGAUCACUUUUGCAACGUUUUGUUGAUGGUGAUGAUGAGUUCCGCAACAGCCGGCUGAAGCUCAUUCCGUCAGUUGCCAAGGGCUCAUGGAUUGUGCGCCAGAGUGUUGGAAGGACCCCUUGUUUAUUGGGCAAGGCAGUUGAUUGUAACUACAUUCGUGGUCCUAAGUACUUGGAAAUAGAUGUUGAUAUUGGUUCUUCUACUGUUGCUAACGGAGUAUUGGGGCUUGUUUGUGGUGUAAUUACAACAUUGGUGGUUGACAUGGCUUUUCUUGUGCAGGCAAAUACUGUAGAUGAGUUGCCAGAGCGGCUUCUUGGUGCUGUUCGUGUAGCACAUGUUAAACUGUCAUCUGCCAAAGUACCAGUACUAGAUUCCAGUCCGGGACCCAAUUGACCUGAUUGUGCAGCAUUUUUUUUAUUCUACUUAUUUCACAAUAGAUCUCUCAAGUAACUGAUCUAAACUACAGAUUUGAUUAGAUAUAGAAGUGCCAAUCCAGUACAUAUCUGAUCCACCCACUUCUCAUGUACUAUAAUGUAAGAUCACAGAUUCACAAUGUCUAUUUGAAUUCUCUCAGCAUACACUGAGAAAUCACAGAAAGCAUUCAUUCUUUUUCCUGCAAUUGAUUCUUUUCUUUUAACAGACA